CCUGUUUUAGAGCGGUCCAGCGGAUACAGGACAGGUUUUUCUUUGUGCUUAAAAAGACAAAAGCAGGUGCAACUGGCACCGUGAAACGAUGAGCCAAUGGGAGGACCUGCCUCAACAGUUGUGCACGACGAGUCCACGCUCAUUGGCCAAGAGUUGUGGUGGGGGUGGAGUCGUGUCGUUUGGUAUAAAUACUCCUAGCACGGUUUCUCGCCUUGACUACAAACCGGCUAGGUGUGCUGGGUGUAGAAGGCUUACAAGCGGCGUGAAGCGCUGAUUCCUACAGGUUGCCGCAACUUUUUUUUCUUUCUUUUUUUUUUUUUUUUUUUUUUCAAUUUUACCAGAGAGCGGAAACAAAACGGCGUCACUCCACUAGAGAUUAGAGCGUGGUUUUUGGAUGUCGGGGGAACUGUUGAGCGCUUAGUGUAGUACUCUGUGUGCCUCGGUCUGUCUCUCCGGCUUUACCAAUGCUCCUGCAUCAGUACAUGAACGGAUCCCUGGAAGUCAUGCCUCCCACACCGGUCCAGAAAGACACCACGUUCACCAAAAUCUUCGUCGGCGGGCUGCCGUACCACACGACUGACGCCUCGCUCCGAAAAUACUUCGAGGCUUUCGGGGACAUCGACGAGGCCGUUGUGAUAACUGACAGACAGACCGGUAAAUCCAGGGGCUACGGCUUUGUGACGAUGACUGACCGAGGAGCCGCAGAGAGGGCCUGCAAGGAUCCCAACCCCAUCAUAGACGGUAGAAAGGCCAACGUCAACCUGGCGUACCUGGGUGCCAAGCCCCGCAGCCUGCAGACAGGCAUAUCCAUCGGAGUGCAGCCCAUCCACCCGGCACUCAUCCAGAGGCAGUAUGGGUUGGCCCAGCCGUAUAUCUACCCCCAAGCGUUUGUGCAGCCCAGCCUGCUGCUGCCCACUCAGGUGUCGGCUGCCUCGGUCGGCACCAGCCCCUACCUGGACUACAGCUCGGCCUACGCUCAGUACGCCCACGCCGCCUUCGACCAGCAGUACCCCUACGCCGCCUCCCCGGCCGGCUUCCUGGGCUACGGCUACACCACCAGCCCCACAGCGUCCGCUGGCCCGUCCGCCGCCGCCGCCACCACGGCAACAGCCACCGUGCACCCCACCUUGCCCUCCGCCACCGCCCAGGCCCCGACCUUCCUGCACUACGCCCCGCAGCAGCACAUCCAGCCAGAGAGGAUGCAGUGAAGUCGGAGGAGUCGACGGGGGAUGGCAGGGGGACAGGCAGUGGAAGAGGACAGAAGAGCAGACCCCUAUAGGGUACCACCGCUGUCGUCAGCAGCAGGUAUAAGGAAAAACGAUGUCGGGAUUAUUGCACUAUACGACUAAGACGGGCUGCUUGCUCAUUGGUACAAGGGGAGAGAGGACUGCUGGGAGUUCAGGAGGGGAAGCCGAACCAGCAUACAGUAUGUGGUCGCUUCCCAGGGCUUCCAGAACAUGACACUUCAUUUUUUAUCAUCAUCAUUAUUAUUAUUAUAAUUAAUAUUAUUUUAUUGUUCUCUAUUAUUGUUGUAUUAUUAAUGUCUUUGUCAUUAUUUGUUUGCCAUUAUUAUCCAUGUUGGCGUCGUUUCGUAGCUCAAUCAGCAGAGGUCACGCAGGUCCUUGCUAGAUAUUGAUGUUUAGUUUUUUUUUUGUUUUGUUUUUCCUUGGAGCCCAGAGUGUCUUGGCUGGACACGGCGGACAUUUUGAAGAUGCUGAGGGACGUUCAUGUUAGUUCUUUUAUUUAAUUUUUUUUUUUUUUUUUUGAAAGUGGCGAUAGAGAAACGCAGCAGAGCUCUGCCUCACCAACAGACUUCCACAGCGCAGGAAAACCAGGAGAGAUUUCAGCUCAGAGAAGCGACUGCACAGCUUUUUCUUUUUUUUUUUUUUUUACAUCCCGAUAUUUGAUUUCAAGAGGCCUUAAUAAAUAAAUACAAAACAAAGAGAAUCUCCAGAUUUUUUUGCCUGUGCCUCUCCACUCUAAGCCAAGUUUAAGGACGCAGAGCCCCUUUUGUAACCGAGCCGACUUCGAUUCGAUGUAGAUAAUCAUAAACAGUAUCGAGGAGCUGUGUGUAUCGUUGAGGUCGCUGACACUGAGCACAAACACCAGUGUUUUUUAUUUCUGUUUCUGUACUGAGUUGGUUGGACUGUUGUUCCAUGUACAGCACAUUCAGAUGUCAUCACGUGCAUUUUUCAAUAUUUAUAUGUAGGUAUUUAUAAGAGGUACUAAGUUAAAAAAAAACAACUUUUUUUUCCUUUUUGUUUAAAUUUAUUGUGAUUGUAGUUGUGACACUGACGUCAUUUAACUUGCAGUUGUUUGCUGCAGAUCCACAAAGUGUCGUCGUUCUUUUCAUCAUAUUACCAGUGGAUUUUGACUGGGUUCAUUGGAAAUUCUUUUUAUUUUACAUUUUCCAGUAAGAUUGUUCUUUACAAUCCUUUCAAACAAGCCAUAAAGAAUAAAAAUUUCUACUCAAGAUGC